AUGGCUGCGCAGGCUGCCAUCGCAAACUGGCAGAAGUUACUGAAUAAUAGCCUUGCCUCGAGGCUCGAUUUUGAACCUUUCACAGAGCAAGAUGGAAACAUGCAGAACGGAGCCAAUAAUGACGCGAAUAAGGCUAAAAGGGUGAAGGAGGGGAAUAAGAGGUGGAAGAACUCAUAUUCUGCCGAGGAGAUGAUGCUCUACCGACUUGCGAAGACAGUUUCUACUGGUGCAAGGCCUAAGAAUGUUCAAGAAGCCGUUGAUUUAUUGGUGGUAUCAAUUCAAUGGAUGGAUAUGGUUGCUGUUGGGAUGAGGGGUGGAGCGCACGAAAUUUUGGACGUCGAGGCGCAUGUCGAGGAGAUUGGGAUGAUUCUGAAAGUUUUAGAAAAUGGGACGGGUAUCGAACUCGGAAAAGCUAUGGCUGGGUUUGUUCCUCUGCUACUUCAGAGCUCCCCGCAGAAUGCACAGCGGUUAGAUGCUUUUCGCACACAAACUCUAAUUACGAUUCUACCUGUCAACAAGAAAGAGCAAGCUGCCAAUGCUGAGAUAAACGACAUUUUAGAUUCCACAAUGGGGAUGAAUAUUGAUAACAUCGUGAUUGCUGAUUUGCCAGCUGUCAACUCCCGAGCUGGUCUCUACAUCUAUUUGAAUUCUCUCCAGUGUUUAUCUGACUCAGAACGUGUUGAAGGGUUGAUUUCCGAACUAGAAAAUAUGGAUGGAAAUGCUGGUGCAGUCAGCCAAGCAAUCGCAGAGGUUAUAAAACACAUGUGUGGAAAUAAGGAGACAAUGACCUUGAAGAGCUUGUGCAGUCAAUUGGCACGGAACCCAUCGUCUUUGGAUAUAAUGCUUCUUUUCAACAAGCCUACCUCGUUUUUGCAGCCGAUCUGCGAGCUGCUUGACAACUGGCGUUAUGACGAAGACCAGGGGGAAUAUCAACCUGUUUAUGAGGAGUUUGGAUCGAUAUUACUUCUUGUUAUAUCAUUUACACACCGUUACAAUCUUUCAACUGUUGAUUUGGGUAUCAAAAACCCGGCUGAGUCAUUCGUAGCAAAGCUACUUGUUCAGGGUCAUCUGAGUCGAGCUUUCGAUCCAUUAUCACAACAAGAUCAAAAUCAUUUGGAUGGAUGGAUUAGGGGGCUAUUUGAGCCAGAGGGUGGUGGACUUGGUGAUGAGUUAAUGUCCUCCUGUCCGCCACAAGAGUUCUACCUGUUGGUGCCAACUUUGUUUCACCAUAUUGUUCUUGCACUCAGCACAGAUACUCUUUCGGAAGAGGGUUUGAAAGGCGGCCUGGAAUUUAUGGUUGAACCAUUUCUACUCCCUUCGCUAAUUCCUGGCAUUACAUGGCUUUCGGCUCACUUGUGGGAGGCACGUCACCAGGCCACUUAUAUUCUUCAGAUCCUGUCAGCUCUGAUCAAAAAUCCUCCGUCCAUAUCGAACAAUAUGGAAGCGUCUCAUCUGCUCAACUCAAUCCUCAAAAUCGUAGCCAAAAAUCUGGAACAAAGUCUUCGAUGGCUCCAACGAGCUGAACCCCAACGCCAAGAUAUCGAACCAAUAUCGAAGGCAUUGGAGUCGAAUAUAGGUUGGGAACGUAGAGGUGCUAGUAAGCACAGCGAACUAGAAUCGUGGACAGCGACACCUGGAGGUGGAAUGAGUGCUAGUAUAAAACACACAAUUGCUAUUCUUGUUCAAUGGGGCCUUCAAUGGGCCCGUAAUCCUGGCAUGCAUAUUAUGCCGGCAUCUUAUACACAUCGACAGAUUCUUAGUGGAUUGAAAAUGCUCGGUGCAAAGCGGCUACUAAAUAUCAUUAUCGAUGAAGUGAAGGCACAGACUGAAGCUGGAAAUGGAAGCGUGGCACUUGACAUCGCUACUUCGUUAGUCUGCGCUCCAGAUCCUACGAGCUUUGACUCUGGCCGAGGGAUGGACAUUUUGAGUGGCAACACACCACAUCCGCUCCAGCGUCGGUUAACGUUAAAGGAGGCUUUGAAGGCAGAAGCAGAAAACAUGCCGAAAGUCCACAAGACUGAUACCUUUCAUGCGGAAACUGUGAUUAGAUUAUACAGAAGGGUGGAAGCACAAUCGGCUAUCCAACAACAAUUAUUACCACAUGAGGAUGGCCUAAAUGCUCUGAAUGAAGUUAUGGGAGAUGCUGUGAUGGGAGAUGCUGUGAUGGGAGAUGCUGGACUAGGGCCAGCCGAUCAAACAAAUCUAAAUAUCGAUGACAUGGGUGCUGGUGGUGAGGAGUUAAUGAUGAUGGGUGGAAGUGGCCAUGGCGGUGACUUGCUGGAUGCUUUUGGAGGGGAUGAUCUGGGGGAUGGAAUGGGAUUUUAG